CUUCCAUUCACAGGACUAGCAGGCAGGCGGGCGGGCGGAGCGGCCACAGCACCCAACACCGAGUGAUGGUUGCUCACUGAAGACGAACCGCCGGGUCCCGAGUAGAGCUGAAUUCCGCCGCCCGUCUUUCUUUUGACACAGGACACAAACUGCUCCGCGCCCCUCCUCCUCCUCCUCCUCCUCCUCCUCCUCCUCAUCUCGGGGACGGAUAUAUUUGAAUGUCUUCGUCGUCGAGCGCCGCUCCUCCUGCGCCCUCCGGCCGCCGCGGAAACACGCCGCCGACUUUCUAGUCCCCCUCGCGCCUCCUCGUCGCCCUCAUCUUCAUCUUCUUCUUCUUCAUCAUCUUCAUCAGCAGCAGCGCUUUGCCGCAGGAGCCCGGGAGAGCGGACCGCGCGCUCCGGCACCUGGACACGUCUCGCCCGGCCGGGUUCGGAAGAUUACGGGAAAGCGGCCCCCCAACCCCCCCCGGCCCUCCCCCCUCCUCACCCUCACCACACCCACCACCCGGCGUGCGUGCGAGUGUGUUUCGGGGGGUUCUUCCGCCGCCUGUAUAAUGCCGACACAUCUGCGGCUCCGGAGAAGGUCAUUCCUCGGGCUCCUGUUCCUCUUUUCGCUGUCCACCUCCGCGCUGUAUUUCAUCUACUCCGCCCCGGGAAUCGUGAACGAGUAUGUGUUCAUGGUCCAAGCUCGAGGGAUCCAGAUCCGGGAGAACGUGAAGAACAUCGGGGCUCAGGUUCUGGAGCAGGUGGUGAGAGGAGCGUACAGCGCCAACGGCACAGAUUAUGCCUACGAGUUCAAUGUGAGCGAGAGUGAUGCUCCUCCCCCCACAUACCUGCCCGAGGGCUUCACCUACCUCCCCUCUCAGGUGUGCCCUGAGCGCCUGCUCUCCAUGAAGAGCAGGGUGCGGGUUGACAUGAGCGAAGUUUCUCUGGAGGAGGUGGAGCGAUCCCUGUGGGAGGGGAGCCAACCGGGACUCUCAGGAGGCACUGUGAAGCUCCCAGACUGUCUACUCCGCUGGGAGGUGGCGAUCCUGGUCCCGUUCAGGAACCGCCACGAGCACUUGCCCAUCCUGCUGAGGCACCUGGUGCCGGUGCUGAAGAGACAGAGACUCCAGUUUGCCUUUUAUCUCAUAGAGCAGGGGGGCACGGAGCCAUUCAACCGCGCCAUGUUGUUCAACGUGGGCUUUAAGGAGGCUAUGAAGGACCUGGACUGGGACUGCCUGGUCUUCCACGACGUGGACCACCUCAUGGAGAACGACAGGAACUACUACGGCUGCUCGGGAAUGCCCCGCCACUUUGCGGUCCAACUGGACAAGUACUCCUACAUGCUUCCGUAUAAUGAGUUCUUCGGCGGAGUCAGUGGCCUCACGGUGAAGCAGUUCGAAAAGAUUAAUGGAUUUCCAAAUGCAUUCUGGGGCUGGGGAGGGGAGGACGAUGACCUCUGGAACAGGGUGCGGCUCGCCAACUACUCCGUAAGUAGACCUCCCGGAGAGCAGGGCCGCUACAUGUCCAUCUCGCACCACCACCGCGGGGAGGUCCAGUUCCUGGGGAGGUACGUCCUCCUGCGCCACUCGAAGGAGCGCCAGCGAGUGGACGGCCUCAACAACCUGAACUACUCCCCCCUGGUGUCCAGGAGGCCUCUCUACACCAACAUCACGGUGCGCCUGAACAAGGAGCUGGCGCCCAUUGCCGACUACUGAACCCCCCUCCCUCCCCCCCCUCGCUCCCCCCCCCGGGACCCAGAGUCCUCCGGGACUUCAGCCAUAUCUCACCGGCUGCUGCACCGCUGAGGACCUUUUAAGUUGAUCGAUUCGUUGCUCCGUCUCUUUUGUUUUUGUAUGCAAAAAAAGAGACUGAAAGAAGUGUGUCUGAUGGAGGAGGGAGGCUGCACUCGCUUGAGCCACACGGACCCCCACCCUCCCCUCCCCCCCACCUCCCCCCACCCUCCCCACCCUCCCACGCCUGUCUAGUCUCCACAUGCCUUUUGCACCAUUUUGGCCUUCAGCAUCCAUUCCACUUGUUAUCCAGUCAAAGCUCACUCCCACGCGCACACACACACACACACACACACACACACGUUUGACUCACAUGUGCUGACCUGGUCCCCAAGGCUUUUUUUUUUUUUGCUCUUGCACCUUUUUUUUUUUUCCUUCAUAAAUGCAG